AUGUCAGGACGAGUAGAGCAGAUCAGCAAGCUGCCACCGCUUCAGCUCUUGGAUCGGUAUGAAGACACAGACCCGGUGCUCGAUCUCGAGGCCGCUCAUUUGAUCCGCCUGGAGCUGCCAAGGAAGCUAAGGAAUGCUACAAAGUGGAAUCUUGUGUACUCGUCCGACCAGCAUGGGAUUAGCAUGACGACGCUCUAUCACCGCUGCAAAGGCAAGGGUCCCAUGAUCCUCGCCAUCAAGGAUACCAUGGACUGCGUGUUCGGCGCGUUUGUCAAUCAAGAGUUGGCCCCUCAUCUAUCGUACUAUGGAACAGGGGAAUGGUACGUUAGAUUGAACAAGGGCCAAAAGGCGGUACAGUUCUGGAAAUGGACGGGAAAGAACGAUUACAUGAUUUUGUCCGAGCCCGGGUUCAUUGGUUUUGGUGGCGGUGACGGCAAGUUUGGGCUUUGGAUCCACUCGGAUCUAGAAAUUGGACAUUCAUCGCGAUGUGCGACCUUUGAUAACGAGCCACUCGCAACUGCGUGCCUUCGUCCAAUUCGACCGGUCGCAUCUAGUGAACAGGAGCAGCAGCAGAAGCAGAUGAACGAUGCACCGGGCAGUCGCAGUCGGAGCAGCAGUCCAAAAAACGAUGAGGAAGAGUUUUAUUGUCAGACAGUCGAAAUUUGGUCCAUGGCCCUCUAA